GGUACCGAGUGGAGGUGGAGCUGCUUUAGGGUACGAACGACUCUCUCUCGCUUAUACCUUGAUCCUCAUCAGAUCUCCAUGGGAGACUUAUCAAUCGAACAUGUCCAUAGAUCUGAAGAAGCACCAUGUGCCUGUUACCUUGAUGGACAAACUGGCUUUUUGGACUGUCAAAGUGCUCCAGUGGCCUACUGAUAUCUUCUUCCAGGAUGUUCUGACCCCAGAGCACCAGCCUACCAAUCAGGCCCAACAUUUUAUCAAACAGAAUGAUCUCAUGUUAAAAAGAUAUAUGUUUAUGGUCAAACUGGUAUAGGAAAAAAUACAUGACAGAGGAAUGCAUAUUGUCAAAGGUAUAUAAUAAAUUCACUCCAUGUAUACCUCAAUUACUUUCUCCAUUUUUUUUUUUUCAUUUGUUUACCAAAGGAAUACUAAAUUAUUUAUUUCAAAUAAAUGGUAGUUUGAGCA